UAUAUGGAUGGUGACGUGUUACCGGACCGUGUGUAUUAUAUGGAUGGUGACGUGUUACCGGACCGUGUGUAUUAUAUGGAUGGUGAUGUGUUACUGAGGUGCAGGGAAUAGAUUCAGAGCCAAAUAUUUGGGGGGCCUAUAAUAAACACACAUAGGGGGGUCUGUCUAUGUACAUAGGAAGUUAUAUAGGCAGGGGCGUAGCUAUAGGUAGCAGUGGCAUUGGGGCCCUUGUGCCUAAGGGGGCCCAAAACACAUCUGCCCCAUAAGAGACCAGUAUUUUCGUUGGCACAUUGGGCCCUGUUGCAGAUUUUGCAUCGGGGCUCAGAAGGUACAAGCUAUGCCUCUGUAUAUAGGCUAUAAUGGGGAUCCUUGGGGUUAUGACAUCACACGAUGGAUACAGUGAUGUCAUUGGUUUGGGCGGAGCUUUCUCUAUAUAGAAAUUGAUUUUAUCUGUAUACUAUGUAGGCAGAGGCGUAACUUGUAGCAUGUGGGCCCCAAUGGCAAAUAUGUAAAAGGGCCCCAUGUCUACCAUGUUUCAUUUAUACUACUGUUACCUUUUUGUUUGUGCAAAUGCAGUAAAAAACAUAAAAAAUAGAAAAUUUCAAUACUUUACAUUAACCCCAAUAUGGUGCAUCAGCAAACAAUAUUGUUGUACGGGGGGAGAAGGGACAUAUUCUACGGGACUGCUCUUAGUGAUUUGGAUUUUCCAAUUUUCCAUCUGGGUUUUUGUACUGUUUAUAGGUAAAAAAAAAAAAAAGUGUAAAAUAGGUAUAAAAAAUUAAGUUUUUAAAUUUUUUUUGAGCUAUUUUUGAAUUAUGAAUGUCUUUUUUCUCUUUGUUUUAAGGUAAAAUAAAAUGGGGUACCUCACUUUCCUAAUUUUGCCAUUGCUUAUAUUGGGGAUAAGUGGCAUCAUUUACAUUUAUCGGGAAGUUGUGCGACUGAUGUCCAGAUCGGCGGUGAAAAAUAAAGUGAUUGUGAUCACUGACGCAGUGUCCGGGCUGGGGAAAGAAUGUUCCAGAGUUUUUCAUGCCUCAGGCGCGCGUCUGGUUCUUUGUGGAAAAACGUGGGAGAAACUCGAAGCGCUACACGAUGCUCUGAUCAGCGUUGCUGACCCCAGUGUGACCUUUACCCCCAAGCUAGUUCUCCUGGACAUUAGUGAUGUCAACGACAUUGAAGCUAUGGGCAAAGAAAUCCUGGAUUGUUACGGCUGCGUGGACGUGUUGAUCAAUAACGCCAGUAUGAAGAUCAAGGGCCCCGCUCAGAGCGUCACCCUAGAGCUGGACAAGAAGAUCAUGGAUGCAAACUAUUUUGGCCCCAUAACCUUAAUCAAAGCGAUUCUUCCUCAUAUGAUUUCUCGAAGGACGGGACAGAUUGUUCUAGUAAACAACAUACAAGGAAAACUGGGGGUUCCCUUCCGUGCGGCCUAUGCAGCGUCCAAACAUGCCAUCCAGGGCUUCUUCGACUGUCUGAGGGCUGAAGUGGAGGAGUUCGAUGUGUUUGUCAGUACAGUCAGUCCAACCUUUAUCCGGUCAUACCACGUCCAGCCCCAGCCCGGGAACUGGGAGGCCUCCAUCUGGAAAUUCUUUUUCAGAAAACUGUCUUAUGGUGUCCACCCUGUGGAGGUGGCUGAGGAAGUCCUCCGCACAGUCAGCAGAAGGAAACAGGAAGUGUUCUUGGCCAAUCCCAUCCCCAAGGCUGCACUUUAUGUCAGGACCUUCCUCCCAGAACUGUUCUUUGCUGUGGUGGCCACAGGGGUAAAGGAGAAACAUUUUGUUGAAGAGGAAAAAUAAAUCUAAUUGUCAUGUCCACUGAUGCUGAACUGAUCCAUAUAUGUCUUAAAGUGUCUAUCCCUCACCUCCCUUACCAUCAUUGUAAUAUUUAUUUAACUAGGCCCAAUGUUCUGCAUCAAUUCUCCAAUCUGUAUAGUAGUUGGAGCUUAAAGUAAAAUUUCAAAAUUCUGGCUACCUGCAGCCACCACUAGGGGGAGCUGAGGACUUACUCCAUACUGUUAGUGCAUUAAAUUCAAUUAUAAAUCUGUAUACAUGUCUCUGCAAAGGAUUUGGAGCUCUGUAUCAGAAAACUGGUGUUUAAACCUCCUUAAAACAUAUAUAUAUAUGACUCAGCACAGAACGUUGGACCUAAAACAGACUGGUGAGAAAAGGUUCAUAAACGCCGACCUCUAUUACAGCCUCCCCCAUGGUUACCUUGGAUAACUGGCCGUACACAUUAGAUAUGUGCCAGCUCAACCCCCUAAUGCGUAUGUUGCCUGCAUACUCACCCCGAUGGCAGAUGAUGCCUGCUGGGUGACCAACCCUUUGUUCUCUCGGAGCUGCACCCAGUGGAAACUAACAAUGGUUUCCCCCCUUGGCCGAGCGUCCAUGUAUUCUGGAUGGAGCAGCAGUUUAUAACCCCUGAGAACAACUGUAUCAGGCAUGUUAAACUCUAAUAUGUCUAACCCAUCUGUUCUCUGCCAUCCAAUACCGUGGGUGACUUGGAAGGCCCCAUACACAUUAGAUGGUCAUCCAAUUUUACCAAAAUUGGCACAUUUGGCCAACAUAAAUCUAAUGGGUAUGGCCGACUCAUCAUGAUGAAGGGCUAAUAUACAUUGUUUCCAUUGAAAUUAUGGAGGUAACCACCCAAUAUACAGUGGGGCAAAAAA